AUGGCUUCCCCUGACUACACUGAGCUGUUUACGUUUCCAAAUGGAGAUGUGGAAAUAGUUGUGAACUUCAAAGGCGAGACGAUUAGAGGCAGAGUCAACUCCAACAAUAUGACCGCAGCCAGCAAGGUUUUCUCCUUGUUCAUCAAUCCCCCUUGGGUUAUUAAGGAGCCCGAGAUCGAGACCACGACCGCGAGUACCGACGGAGUUAGACCCGACCCUGCUCUCAAAUGUAUCGAAUGCAGCGACGAUGACGGCUACGCGCUCUUGGUCCUCCUGCGACUAAUUCAUAUCCAACUCGGUGGUGUUCCGGAUACCUUGCCCACGGAUACACUCCUUAAAGUUGCUGCUCUCGUUGAGAAGUACGACUGCCGCAAUUUAAUUCAUUCAUGGGCUGCAUUGUGGUGUGCCGAAGCUACUACCAAGGCGAAGGAUGGGGAUGCUGAUACAUGGCUCUACAUCGCGUGGGCUUUUGGACGAAGAGAGCUCAUGGAAGACAUGGCUCGUAAGAUUCUGCUAGAGGCGACGGUAUCUGAGGCCGGUCAGUUAAUGGUGUAUGACAAGGAGAAUGUGACGCAAGUCCGACAGAUCCAAGAACUGCAACCAUUCGGAUUCGAGGACAACGUCCGGGCCAUCCGUCUACAAACAAUACAAGAUCUGUUAGAUGUUGCCUACGCUCACGUGUCUCGCUUCGGUGGGCUCAAGCAAAUCCCAUGCGAUGUCAAAGACAAGCACAGCGCUGAUUGUGCAUCUAAUCGAUACUGUGAGCAAGUCUACAAGCUCAGAAAGCUAGGCCUGUUCCCUCGUGUCACGGCCGAUAGAGCCAAUAUUUCCAUCGAAAAGCUUGCAGAGGAGGUCAAGAAUAUGGGCAAGAGAGAUAUCCCUUAUAACAAGGGGCAUGAGAAGUGCUUCAAGGGAACCUAUGAACGGGAUGUUGAGCGCAUUAUGAGCAACUUGGGUGAUCCUGUUCUGGACAGCCACCGAACUCACACGGAGCCCAGACAUCGCAAAGGUCCCGAAGAUCCGUUGAUGUCUUUAACUGAGAAGACCGAGAAGGAGAAUGGCAAGGAUUUCGAGGAUGAUGCGGACAUGUACUUAAUCGGACUGCUGCAGAGAACCAACCCGCUUACAGCCUAA